AUGGCCGCGCGGCGCCUCGGAUCCCCCGCCUCCAGGUGGCUGCGCCCGUCCGCGCUGCUCUUCCUGGUCGCUUCCGCCCUCCUCUCGGCCCCGUUGCCGGCCCGCGCCCUCCGGUUCGACCUCGAGUCCGGCCACACCAAGUGCGUCUCCGACGAGAUCAAGGUCAACGCCAUGGCCGUCGGCAAGUACCACAUCGUCGGGCCCGACCCCAACUUCCCCGACGCCCAGCUCCCCGAAUCGCACCGCAUCUCCCUCAGGGUGACUUCGCCGUACGGGAACAGCAUGCACUACGCGGAGAACGUGCAGUCGGGCCACUUCGCCUUCACCGCGGCAGAGGCUGGCGACUACCUGGCCUGCUUCUGGGCGCCCGACCACAAGCCGCCGGUUACCAUGGGGUUCGAGUUCGACUGGAGGAGCGGCGUCUCCGCCAAGGACUAUCCCAGCGUCGCCAAGAAGGGCAAGGUCGAUAUGAUGGAAUUGGAGCUGAAGAAGCUAGAGGAAACUAUAAGAAAUAUACAUGAAGAGAUGUUUUAUCUGCGUGAAAGGGAAGAGGAAAUGCAGGACCUGAACAGGCGAACAAACUCAAGGAUGGCUUGGCUAGGGUUCCUCUCCCUUGGCAUCUGCUUAUCAGUGGCAGGUUUGCAGCUGUGGCACCUGAAGACCUUCUUUGAGAGGAAGAAGUUGCUGUAG